AUGGACAAUAUCUUCGAGAAUAUCUCUUCAAGAAUGCAGCCGAAUUGGUACGGAGCAGCACAGAAUCACAUGAUUCAUAGCAGGGACUACGUAGCACAGGGCUUGCAGGAGUCUACUGUAGACAUGGACGAGAUGUGUGCAUUUAUGGAGAACCGAUUUCGGGCAAACGGUGAUGCAUCAGAUGAUUGCACCAUGAAAGGUCAUUUUCAAAAUGAACCAGCAAAACCCCGAAUGGCAGUUCCAGAGAACAUCGGCCGAGGUAUGGAAGUUGGGAUAAAAUGCAUUGGAACGGACGAAGAAAAAAAAUCUCGAAAUUUCAUCAUAGUUACUGCCGAGAAAUGUGGGAAUUCGCCAAAAGAGGAAGACCAAACGAAAGCUCAGCAAUUACGAACGAUGCCGUAG